AUGGCAACCCGUUCCCGGCCAGCCUCUCGAACCCGCUCCCCAAUCGAUCAAGGGGAGCUGGGACCCCAACUUCCGGCAACCCCCUAUGUCAAAAUCGGGGAAGUCUCCCUCAAGCGAAUUACAAGCCUCCUCCUUGGCCUCCUCGGCCAAGUUGAGCACCUCAAGCGGAAAGUGGAAGAAGUCCAAGAAGCAGGGGUUGAGGCCUGUACCAACCUUGAGAACAUCUCUCAAGCCGUCGAUACUGUCAAGGAUGGGCUUAGAAGCCUCCAACUCCACGGGCCCCGGACCCCAGAGGACACAAAACCCCCGGCCGUGGAAGCAACGCCACGCCCCUUACCAAAAGUCAACCCUGUUGGAUUGACUAGUCGGGUCUCGUUCUGGCCCGAACCAUCUAGAGGGCUCCCCUCCUUUGCCCAACCCACUCCUGUCCAAGCAGUGCCCCCGCGAGUCCCAUCUCCCCCUCCAUCUCCGCGUCUCCAAUCCCCGAUCGGGACAGCUGCCCCUCCUCUUCCGGCUCCAGUCGCCACCUAUCCCGCUCCGGUCAAGGUUGACCACCCCGACGCCUACACAGGCAAAAUAGGGAGCGAAGCAAAGCAGUGGCUGACCCGGAUGUUGGCCUGGACCCGCCUCAAUUCACGGAUGUUCCCCACCGACCAAGAGGUACUAUCCUUCCUCUUGAUGAACAUGAAGGAUACCGCUGGGGCCUGGGCCCACCCUCACCUUGACCAACUUGGCUCACAUCGGGCCAUCAUUCAAACGGUUGAAGGAUUCAAAACGGAGUUCUUGGCAGCAUUUGGCGACCCUGACGCCACAAGGGCCGCUGAGCGGAAAAUUACAACGCUUACUCAAUCCGGCACAUGCGCGGAUUACAUCACGAAGUUCAGAACCUUAGCCAUGGAACUGGACUGGAACAACGCGGCCCUCCAAGGCCAGUUUGCCUGCGGCCUUCACUGGGAAGUCAGCCGCCAAAUCGCAACCCGCGAGCACCGGCCCCGCACCCUUCUCGAGCUGCAAAAUGCAGCACUCGUCAUCGACAAUGCUCUCCGCAAAGAGCGCGCUAGCCACCCACCGAGGGACAAUAAGUCUAGCAAACCAUCUAACCCCGCAAGGGGGACGAGUACCGGUCAAACAACUACCGGUUCGAAGAAACUCUCCGAUGACCCUAACUUUGUGUCGGAAGAGGAACGCAACCGCCGUUGCGCUGCAGGCGCCUGUAUCAAGUGCGGUAAGAUGGGUCACAAGUUCGCGGAAUGCCGCACAGGCUGGAAGGCUACCCCUAUUGAGGACAAGGGGAAGGCCAAGGAAACCGCCAAAAUUGGCAAAGAAAAUGCCCCACUUUUUACAAUCCCAAUUCAACCAGAGAAAGGAGCAGAAACAUUAGAAGUCCUGAUUGAUUCAGGCGCCACAUCCUCAUUCCUCCACCCACGCACCGCCGAGACUUUACGUCUUCCCCUAAUAGAUCUCCCUCAUCCCUGUACCGUUACUAUGCUCGAUGGGUCGAGCCCCCAGGCAGGCAAAAUCUGGAAGAAGGCCAACCUAACCUUCUCCUUUGAUGGCAAGAAAAUGACUGAGACCUUCCUUAUCUGCAAUACAGGGUCUCACGCCGCCAUCUUGGGAUUGAAGUGGCUAGACGCCCACAACCCAGAAAUUGAUUGGAACCAACGUACCCUCUCCUUUCCUCAUGCCCCACCAGAACACGUGGCCAUUGCCGAAGAGGAGGAAGCUGACAAGAACCCCCUUGAAGGAGUACCCUCCGAGUACCAUCAAUACGCCAAGGUAUUCGGAGAAGAAGAAUUCAAUAAGCUUCCCCCCCACAGGCACUAUGAUAUCGGCAUUGAACUCACCAAAGAAGGACCCCUCAAUUCUCCCCUUUAUAGUAUGACAGACGCUGAGUCCGCCACACUCAAGGGCUGGCUCAGGGAUGAGUUGAAAGCAGGAAAGAUCCGCCCAAGCAAAUCUUCCAUCAGUUCCCCCGUAAUGUUUGUCCCCAAAAAGGAUGGUUCCCGUCGCUUGGUUGUUGACUACCGCCGCCUCAACAACCGGACAAAGAAAAAUGUAUACCCGCUACCCUGUCCAGAUGAUCUUAUGGCCCAACUCCGUGGCGCCAAAAUCUUCACCAAGCUAGACCUAAGAUGGGGGUACAACAAUGUCCGAGUUAAGGAGGGCGAUGAAUGGAAAACUGCGUUCCGCACCAAGUAUGGCUUGUACGAAUCCUUAGUCAUGACAUUUGGCCUCACCAAUGCUCCCGCUGCCUUUCAACACUUUAUGAACGAGUUGUUUAAAGACCUAUUAGAUGUAUGCGUCAUCAUUUACCUCGAUGACAUCCUGAUCUACUCAAAGGACGACGCAUCACACACACAACACGUUCAUGAGGUCCUAAAACGGUUAAUGGAUAAUCAACUGUUCUGCAAGGCAUCCAAGUGUACAUUCCACGUUACCUCUGUGGAAUACCUGGGAAUCAUUGUCUCCAAUAAAGGAUUUAGUCUGGAUAAGCUCAAAAUCCAGGCGGUACAGGAAUGGCCGAUACCCACUAAAGUCAAGGAAGUCCAAUCAUUCCUAGGGUUUGCUAAUUUCCUUCGCCGAUUUGUCGCCAACUUCAGCCACAUGGCUAGGCCAUUACACAACCUAGUCAAGAAGGAUACACCUUGGAGAUGGGACACAAAGGAACAGGAAGCAUUCCAAGGACUAAAAGAUGCCAUUACCAACGCCCCUGUACUUUGUCACGCCGACCCCACCAAGCCCUACUUCCUAGAAACGGAUGCUUCUGGUGCAGCCUUAGGUUCCAUUCUUAGCCAACGACAGGAAGACGGCCGUUUACACCCACUAGGGUUCCUAUCUGAGUCCUUCAAGGGUGCCGAACAAAAUUAUGACACCCACGACAAGGAACUCCUGGCUAUCAUCCGGUCGUUUGAAUAUUGGCGCAUCUUCUUGGAAGGGACCCUGCACCCCGUAACCGUCUUCACUGACCAUUGGAACUUGGAAUACUGGAAGGAGUCUAGAACCUUCAAUUGCCGCCAUGCACGCUGGCACCUCCUCCUGGCCGGAUACAACUUCCAAAUUGUGUAUCGCCCGGGCAAACAGUCCGGCAAACCAGAUGCCUUAUCCCGGCGAUCAGACCACGCCAAUGUCCCACCUGCCGCCCAGACCAUGCUCCCAGACCCUAUCUUUGCCAACGUCGCACUAGUCCUACCAGAAAAGGAGUUACAACAGCGUAUAGAGUCAAGUCUGGAUCAAGACGAGUCCCUUGAAGAAAUCCUACAGUUCCUGCAGAAUGAAUCCAAAGCACCUCCAUCCAUCAAACAAGCAUUCAAGGACUAUCAAAUGGAAGCAGGGUUACUCUUCUACCAAGGGCGGAUUGUGGUCCCUGACGUUGGGACCCUACGUACGGAUUUACUCCAAAUCUUCCACGACAGCCCAUUGGCAGGGCACCCAGGCAGGCAACGGACCCUGGAGCUAAUCUCACGCAAUUACUAUUGGCCAGGCAUACGCGCGGACACAUACUGGCACGUAGACUCCUGCAAAACCUGCCAAAGGAUUAGGAAACCCAAAUACGCGUCAAUCCCACCACAGCCGCUAGAACUCCCAGUACGCCCAUGGCAACACAUUUCCUACAAUAUGAUUGUUGAUCUACCAAAGGACGGGGCCUACGACUCCAUACUAGUUAUUGUGGAUAGCUUUACCAAGUACGUCAUAUUGGUAGAAUGUUCCAAGAAACUAAAAGCCCCCGAACUGGCGGAACUGUUCUUACGACACGUCUGGAAAAAGUACGGAAUGCUGGAGAAGACAAUCUCAGACUGCGGAAGAGUGUUCAAUAACAAGUUUUUGAAAGCGUUGUACCAACGACUAGGCAUAGACCCGCACUUCUCCUCCGCUUACCACCCCCAGAGCGAUGGGCAGACAGAACGGGUGAACCCCUCCGUAGAACACUUCCUAAGAGCAUACUCCGGUACUAAUCAAAGGGACUGGGUCAAAUGGUUACCAAUGGCAGAAUUCGCCUACAAUAACGCAGUGCAUAGUGCCACAGGGAAGUCACCUUUCAAAGCGCUCCACGGAUGGGAACCAACCUUAACCCCUUCCAACAUUCCUACGGACGUGCCAGAGGCCGAUGAACUAGCGGAAGCCAUGGAAGCACAAUGGAGAGAAGUUGAAUCCGCCCUCCGGCAGUCUAAACAACGAAUGGUAGCCGGAGAACACGGAAGCCCAACAGAGUUUGAGGUCGGAGAAGAAGUAUGGCUUGAUGCGAAGAACGUUAAACUCAAAACCUUAAGCCCCAAGCUAACGGAACAACGCUUAGGACCAUUCAAAGUCAUGGAAAAAAUCUCCGACCGCGCUUACAGGCUAGAACUCCCACCAACCAUGCGCAUCCAUAACGUAUUUUACGUAGGGUUAUUGUCUAAGGUCAGAAGGGACAACAAACGGGCCUUCAAGAACCGUCCACCACCAGUCACUGUGGAUGGGGAAGAAGAAUAUGAGGUUGAAGGAAUAACAGAUGCGGAGGAACGCAACGGAAAAUGGUUCUUCCGGGUCAAAUGGAAGGGCUAUGGCCCCAAGGAGAACACAUGGGAACCCCGAGAGAACCUAAAAAAUGCGGGGAAAAUUUUGAAAAAAUACGAGGAAGACAUGAGAAAGAAGGCCCUCGGCGCUGCCAAGGCCCUUAAGGGGGGGGCAGUGUCGUAG